AUGUCUGUGCAGAAAGAUGUCUAUAAUCCAAUCUUGUUUGAAUGUGCUUGGGAAGUAGCCAAUAAAGUGGGUGGUAUUUAUACUGUCAUCAAGACAAAAGUGCCUGUUACUGUGCGUGAAUUUGGCGACCGUUAUUGCUUAAUUGGCCCACUUUCUUACAAGACAGCUCCGAUGGAAGUAGAAGCUCUCGAGCCACCUGCUGGUAUAAUCCGGGAAACAUUGGAAGCAAUGUCAAAUCAAGGUGUGCGCUAUCUAUUCGGUCGAUGGUUAGUAGAAGGCUCUCCUUAUGUCUUGUUGUUUGAUACAGGCAGUAUGGGUCACAAACUGGAUGAAUGGAAAGGUGACCUUUGGCGUUCUGCUGGCAUUCCUAGUCCCCCUAAUGACCAAGAGACAAACGAGGCUAUCUUGUUUGGCUACAUUGUCGCUUGGUUUCUUGAACAAGUAGCCCAAAAGUACAAGGAUCAAUCCAACCAAGCUAACCCUAGUCCUGCCAUCAUUGGUCAUUUCCAUGAAUGGCAAGCCGGUGUUCCUAUCCCUUUGAUCAAGCAGAGAAAGAUAGAUGUGGCCACAAUCUUUACAACACAUGCUACUUUGCUAGGUCGUUAUCUCUGCGCUGGUUCAGUUGACUUUUAUAACAAUUUGCGUGAUUUCGAUGUGGAUCAAGAAGCUGGGAAGCGUGGUAUUUAUCAUCGCUAUUGUAUUGAGCGCGGUGCAGCUCACUGUUCGGAUGUGUUUACGACAGUGAGUCAUAUCACGGCUUAUGAAAGUGAACACUUGUUGAAGCGUAAACCAGACGGUGUCCUGCCGAAUGGUCUUAAUGUCGUUAAAUUUCAAGCGGUUCAUGAAUUUCAAAACAAGCAUGCACUUAACAAGGAAAAGAUCAAUGAUUUCGUUCGAGGACACUUUUAUGGUCAUUAUGACUUUGAUUUAAACAACACUGUCUAUUUUUUUACUGCUGGUCGAUAUGAAUUCCGUAAUAAGGGUGUGGACAUGUUCGUUGAAUCACUUGGACGUUUGAAUGAUCGUUUAAGGGCUGCCAAGUCCAACACGACUGUCGUUGCUUUUAUUGUCAUGCCUGCUGCUACUCAUUCUUUCAAUGUGGAAGCUCUUAAGGGACAAGCUGUUACGAAGCAAUUGAGAGAAACAGUCAAUGAAAUUCAAAGUCGUAUUGGUAAACGUAUCUACGAAAGUGCUUUAAGGGGAGAAGAAGUGGACCCUGCAGAAUUCUUACAUGAUGAAGACAAAGUGUUGUUGAAGCGUCGUGUGUUUGCACUCAAGAACCAUAGUUUGCCUCCUAUUGUGACUCAUAACAUGGUAGACGAUGGUAUGGAUCCCAUUAUCAAUCAACUCAGAAGACUUCAGUUAUACAACAAGGGCGACGAUCGAGUCAAGGUUAUUUUCCAUCCUGAGUUCUUGAAUGCCAAUAAUCCUUUAUUGGGUCUUGAUUAUGAAGACUUUGUACGUGGCUGUCACUUGGGUGUUUUUCCUUCUUACUAUGAACCCUGGGGCUACACACCUGCUGAAUGUACUGUGAUGGGUGUACCUUCUAUCACAACUAAUUUGUCUGGUUUUGGGUGCUUUAUGGAUGAAAACAUUGAAAACUGUGAAGACUAUGGUAUCUAUAUUGUUGAUCGACGACUUAAAUCUGUGGAAGAGUCUAUUCAACAACUCUGCGAACAAAUGUUUCGGUUCUGCCAAAAGACGCGUCGUCAACGUAUCAAUCAACGUAACCGUACAGAACGUCUAUCGGAUCUCUUAGACUGGAAGCGUAUGGGUCUCGAAUACAUCAAGGCACGUCAAUUGGCUUUACGUCGUGUCUAUCCAGACUCAUUUGUGGACGACGAUGAUCAAUUUGAUAUGGAUACGACUGUCAAGAAGAUCCCCAAGCCAUUAUCUGCACCUGCCAGUCCUCGUAUUCGUAGCUUAGUCAAUGGAUACUUCAAUGAUGAUGAUGAGGAAGAAGAAGAAGAACAACAACAAGAAUUGUUGAUACCCUUACCCAAAAAGGAAUUCCCUGCACUUCAUAAAAAAGGAGACGGUGCUUCAAGAGAAGAAGAAUUAUUAAGAGAAGGUGAUAUUAUGACAUUGAACAAGCUUACUUUGGAAGAAAAACAACAAAGACAUCACUAA